UCAGCAACGGACACAUCUCCUCCUCCAGCAGCAUCCCCUCAUCCUCCACUUGUCUCACACAUUUUUACAACAAACCGGAAAAAAACAACAACUCUCAGAAAUGUCCCGUUGGAUUGUGAACCUCCUCUUGGUCGUCCUUGGCGUGGCUGCUCUCUCUAGCCAGGCAUGGGGACAGUGUUCGAAGUUCGGCCACUCCUGUUACGGCGGACACGGCAAGCGAAGCGAGGACCAAUACCCUUCCAGCAUCGACUACGCAGCAGCCAAUCAGGUACCCGCCCUCGCCCUCAAGGCAGCCCAAGACGACGCCCUGACCUGGGAUGACUCCGCCUCUUCCCUCUCCAACCCCGAGAUCAUCGCUAAUGUUCGAAACUGGCUGUCUGUCCUCGGCCGUCGACUCCGCCAGAGGACGUCUGCCCAGUCUGCUUCCUCGGCGUCGCAGUCUUAUGGUUUCCUACAGUAGGAAGUCGUUGCCAGAAACCUCGAAACAAACAACAACAACAAUAUGCCGACGAGUCCUGACAGCUCAAAUUACGACCACACUAAUAAAAAAGAAGAAAAAGGAGGAAACAAAAAUGAGAAAAUGACGACGGCGAUGGCGAUGACAUUCCACGAACGGCGUCAUAUCUGUUUUUGUUUUUUCCUUCUCUCCGCGUGGGUGUUCCAAUAUGGCUCCUCCUGUUGAUGUUCUGUUGCCGAUAGCGUUCGCGAGAGGGAACCGGAUUCGUGUGGAUUCAUCUUCUCCUGGGAUGGUUUGACACGGCGAAUGACGGCUUCGAGUUGGACGAGAUCUGUGUAUGAAUCCUAAAUUCCAAGAUAAAACUGGAAUAUUAAAAAAAAAUAAAAAGAUGGAGGAGAAUUUUUUUACAAAAUAGUUUUACAUUUAGGAUGAGUUUUUUCUCCUCAUUUCACCCUUAAUUCAGUUUAGAAAAUCGUUUCCAUCCAUUGUUAAGUUCCAAUGUCAUUUAACACCUCCACCAUCAAGACAAAUACACACACACACACACACACACACACACACACACACACACACACACACACACACACACACACACACACAAACACAAACAAACAAACACACAUACAUACAAACAUACAGACACCUUACAGACAGACAGACAUGUACCUGACAUCUCCAUCCGCACUGGUUAUUAAAAUCGCGAGACCAAUAUUACCACAGAUCCGUCACGGUACAAGUGACGUAUUGACAUUCCCACGCAGAAGACAAUGGUUACUGAAGGCCGUCUCUUCGUUCCAUCUUAAGGAGGAAAUCUUCCCACACGAUGUUGCUUAUCUCCGCCUCGCAAAUGUUAAACAAAGAAGAAGAAAAAAAUUAAAAAGUUUUAAGAUGUGUUUUCAGCCUGGAUAUAACCAAAUACACAUAUCUGUAUAAAUGAAUGUUAGUCCUCACAUAGGCCAAUACUAACCCAGUAUCUUCUAUCAUUGUUGUACAUGCAAGGAAUAUGUAUCACCCACAUUAUUUCUGUUAUUUCUCUUGUAUAUUCUUCUGAAAUAAGGGUCGUGGAACCAGGAACACCAUAAUACACCAUUGAGAGCCAUUUGUAAUACCCAUUAUAUAAAAUUUUCCGAUGUACUAUAUGAUUUUUAAAAAUAAUAAAAUGUCGGGGUCUCUAUGUAACGACAAAUUAACUUUUAGCUUGUCUAUUCCUCUUAAAAAAAUGACUAAGCUAUAAUGUUUGCAGACUUUAUAAUAGAUAACGAUAUGUAACAGUGUCCUGAAACUCCCAACUGUCUUGUCUAUAUGCUAUAUAGUGUCCUAGGGGCUGGGCGGUUGCAGGCUUAUUAUAUCAG